UAGUCAUUCAGAUAGCUCCCAGACACACACAAACACACACACAAACACACACACACACACACACACACCUCUAUGUAUAAAACUCUGUCUCUUCCUGUACGAGUUAUUCUCUUUCCAGUCUCGGUCCCUCUGUCUCUUGUGACUGGUGAAACCACCUCUCCGUACAGUCAUGUCAGACGUAGAAGAAGAAUACGAGGAGCAGGCAGACGAGGCUGAGGAGGAGCAGGAGGAGGAGCCCGAGGAGGUGGAGGAGGACGGAGUAGAGGAGCAAGAGGAGUUCCAGGCAGAUCAAGAUGCUCAGGAGGAAGAGGAGGAGCGUCCCAAACCCAAGCCGAUGGUGCCUCAACUCGCUGCCCCAAAGAUCCCUGAGGGAGAUAGGGUGGAUUUUGAUGACAUCCACAGGAAGCGCAUGGAGAAGGAUCUACAGGAGCUGCACACGCUGAUCGAUGUCCACUUUGAGCAGAGGAAGAAGGACGAGGAAGAGCUGAUCGGCCUCAAAGACAGAAUAGAGAAUCGUCGUUCAGAGAGAGCUGAGAUCCAGAGGGUUCGAACAGAGAAGGAGAAGGACCGACAAAACAGGAUCGCGGAGCGGCACAGAAAGGAGGAUGAGGAGGCCAGGAAGAAGGCUGAUGAUGACCUCAAGAAGAAGAAAGUGCUGUCUGGUAUGGGAGCAAACUUCGGAGGCUUCCUGGCCAAGGCCGAGACGAGGAAGGGCAAGCGUCUGACGGGCAGAGAGAUCAAGAGGAAGACUCUGACUGAGAGACGACAGCCGCUGAGCAUGGACAACCUGAGGGAGGACGCCCUCAAGCAACAGGCCCAGGAGCUGUGGGACUGGGUCUACCAGCUGGAGUCGGAGAAGUUUGACUUCAUGGAGCACAUGAAACACCAGAAAUACGAGAUCAUUGUGCUGCUCAACCGGAUCCAACAUGCUCAGAAGUUUAAAAAGGUCCACGGCAAAGGGAAGGUGGGCGGUCGCUGGAAGUAAAGAGGAGACAGGACCAGAGGAACGACACUGGUCUCUGUGGUCGUCUGGUUCCAGAGCCGCUGCCCAGACGCUCCCUGGGUGGGAGAGAGAUGCUGAAUGUACUUGAUUAGAUGUGUUGAUAAUAAAAUGACGUGCUCUCAGUGUUGA